AUGCGUUUCUUUCAUCUUGCAGCCCUGACGUUGGCAUCGACCCUGGGAGCACAUGCCCAGUGCGACGGCGUCAGCAAUGUCGGCAAUAGUUGCUAUGAAUAUCCAGACGGUUGUCCAAGCAGCAGCUUCUUAUACCCGGCAGGUAGCUGCAAGGAGCGGAUCCAGCUCGUCGGUAACUACAACUGUUGCUGUGGAUGUCCCGGCAAGGUAACAGAGUAUCAUCACUGUGUUAUCGAGUUCCACUCAGAGGCCCUCCUGAACUAUAAGACACCUGGGAACCUUGUUGGAUUCUGUCAAGACGACCGCUUUUAUACACGUAUCGACUCAGAGCUGUUAACCAAACAAAACUGCGAAGAUGCACAGCUCGCAAUUGCAAAGAAAAUGACAGAAUUCUACCAGGAAAAAUCGGGACAGAAGUCGAAAUUUUUCACUCCCAUCAAAGGCGGAGGGAAAGUCAAGACUUAUCCUGCUGGCAACAAAGCUUGGGUGUAUAAGAUUUGGGAAGGUAUUGAGCAAGUGGAGGGGUUCAAAAAUAUCACACCGUCGUGUCAAGGAAACAAAAAGCAGAGUUUGGUAGCCGCCCAGUGUGCUCUGGAGAAGAACAACGCAUGCUUUGGGGUCAUGGGUAAGCGGUUCCAUGCUUCUACUGAUACUUUCUACAAGGCGGAGCAUGGGGUCGAGAUACCAAAGUGGCCCGGAUCGGGUUAUUGA